AAGCGUUAGAAGAUAUUAAUUCAAUGUGUAAUACAUGUAUAGAUAAGUCAAAUACAAGUUCUGAAACCUCCCAAUGCUUUAACUUUACAAAAGUGUGUGAAUUUAAACAAUUGAUACAAAGUGUUGGCCAGAGAUUAAUAAUUGGUCAUAAAGUGGCGAUCGCUAAAUGGGACACAAAGUUACCGAUUAAAGAUAAGAAAAGAGAGGAUCAGGUAAUUGAAUCAAUGAUCAAACUGUCAAAAGAGAAGUAUGAUUUGGACAACUCGUGGGUCAAACAAUUUUUUCGCGACCAAAUAGAUGCCAGUGUUAGUCUUCAAUUGAAUUUACAUCACGAUUGGAAACAAGUUGGCCACAGACCCGAUGGACCCACUGUUGAUCUUAAACAUGAAGUCAGACCUGUUAUCGACAAACUUAAUACAAAAUUAAUUCAAUACUCAAACCAAACCAAAGAGCUUCGGGCGAGUGAUGAAUGUCUUCAAUUGAGGGAUACUUUGGCCAAAGUGGUGGCCAAUGAACUGUUGAUGCAAACCAUUGAUUUGAGAUACUUUAACACAACAUUAAAGCACAUUUGCAAACCAAUUACCAAACAAUUACAGAAAAACGACUAAUAAUAUAAUGAAUUAUAUUAAUGUGAUAAAAUUAAUAGUGAUUUUUUAAUUUAUUUUUUGGU